AUGCUGGGGGAGUUCCUCUCCAGGGUCCUCCUGCUGCUGUUCGGGUACGCGAUGCCGGCGUUCGAGUGCUUCAAGACGGUGGAGGCGCGCCCCAACGACGCGCACAUGCUCCGCUUCUGGUGCCAAUACUGGAUCAUAGUGGCCAUGGUGAUAGCCGUCGAGAGCUUCAUCUCAUGGAUGCCGAUGUACGGAGAAAUCAAGCUGGCUUUCUUUGUGUACCUGUGGUACCCCAAGACAAAGGGCAGCGACAUCGUGUACGACACCUUCCUCCGGCCCAUGGUGAUGCAGUACGAGCCGAACAUCGAGCAGAGGCUGCUGCAUCUGAGAGCCAGAUCGGGGCAGCUGCUCACCUUCUACAUUCAGAACUUCGCUGAUAAAGGGACGGCCUUCUUCAUGGAUGUCCUGCGAUCCGUCGUUUCUGACGAACCUGCAGCAUCAGUUUCAGAGAGGAACAAGAAGUCGUCCGGGUGGAGCCCCUUCGCCACCAAACGCCGGCCGCCGUCGCCUCCGCCACAAGAGUCCAUCUUCGGCGGCCCCGCCGACCUUGACGCCGCCGCCGUGGCCCAGGUUAUCCGCGCUUCCAUGGCCGGCGCCAAGCCGGCCCGGCGACAGUACAGUGGGAAGUACUAA